AAUCAGUAACGUCGCAGCGAUAAAAAGGGAUCAUCUUGCACAUUUCUGCCACAUCAUUUAGAAUGCGUCAGUGAAUACUGAAGAGUUCAGUCAAGAAGACCAAACCUCUUACCUGGAAACGUUAACGGAACAUUACAAAAUAAUUAUAAAAUCUCUGAUUGAGUUAUACUAGCAAAAAGCUGCUAAAUAUAAUGGAAUCAAAAGACAUUUCUAAAUUAGAAGAAAUGUUAGAUUCAGAUGAUGAGGUUCAUCUAUUAAAUGAUGAGAUGGAAAAUGUACCCAUUACACCUUCGUAUUAUAAGAGUUAUUGUCGAACACAGUAUACCAAGAAUAUAUUUGACUACACUUGGCAUCUGGAGGAUUUCGCUACACUCUCUAAAACAGAAACAAAAAUUCAGUCGGCAGCAUUUUCUGAAACAGCUCAAUAUACAUUUGAGAUACGAUUGUUUCACACACCACCUUACUGGGAUGAUACUGUUAUAAAAUUUUAUGUAUUUACUAAGGAACCAUUUCAAGGUAGUUGCGAUGUAUUUACGAUUUGUAGGGGCAAAAUGGAAUUGUUGAUUUCGAAAGCCGGCUAUAUAGAGAAUGGUUCAUGCAUGUAUGAAACUAUAGCGAGCUCAUUGUUAAGGUACGCAAAUGGAGGAACGCUUACAUUGAAUUUUAGGAUUACAGUUCUUUGCGAUAUUUUAACUAAGACUUUACAUGUGAAGUCAGUACCAUUGAAUACCGUAAAUAAUAGCAUGGAGAACCAUGAGAAUUUAAUUAGGAUAAGUUAUUCACCAUGCGUCAUUUUCAUAUUAAACGAACGUGUAACGUAUAAAAUAUCAAAAAAUUUAUUACGUGGCAUCAAAAGUUCCUAUUUCUCGUCGAUAUGUGAAACAUGUCAAGAAGAAGAGAAAAAUGAUAUAACAAUAAGCCUAAAUGUACCAUCUAGUAAUGAUUUUCGAAUGAUGCUAACAUUUAUCGAAACUGGUUCAUUACCGACAUCAGAUUCUAAUGUUCCAACAAUCCUAGAGUUGUUGAACCUAUCCAUCGCAUACGAUGUAAAAGAUCUUCAAGUUACAUGUGAAAAAGCUUUAAUACUUAAUAUUACUGUUGCAAAUGUCCUCCACAUUUUGAACAUUACAAUGAAAAUGUCGACAAGUGCCUUAAAAGAACAUGUAAUGGCUUUUAUAAAAUUUCACUUAAAUGAACUUAAAAAAACCGCAGUAUUUAAACAACUCCCGUCAUCAUCAUUGAAGGAGAUAGUAGAAAGCAUUGCAGAAUAUAAAAUAGAUAUAAAAUCCGUACCAAUCAAUGCGCGUUCAGAAUCUUCAUAGAAUCUUUAUAUUGAGAACAUUAAUUAUUUAGCUCUUUUUAUGAUGUAACGAUAUAUAUUAUGAUCUCAAGUAUAACUAAACUGCUUCAGUUUUUUCUACAAACAUGCUUAUUAUAAAUAAUUUUGUCGCAUUGUGUGCAUGUAUACUAAGAUAAGUUUAUUUUAGUUUAAGAAUUUAGUUUAAGAGUUUAUCUACUUUAUAUGCACAAAAAAUACAAUAAAUAUCGUAUCUUUUAGUUUUAGUAUAAUAAGUAAGAACCUAUGCCUAUAUAUGCAUAUGUAUGUGUGUGUAAGUUUAAAACAAGUCAAGUAUAGUUCGUGGCAUUAUUUGCGCAUAUAAUACAUACAAAUUGUUUAUAUGUAACUUAAUGUGAAGUUGAACAAGUUAUUUUAAUUGUUUUAAACUGAAGCAAACUGGAAAUUCUCUGUUAUGGUAUUUCCUAUCUUUCUAAUAUCGUAAUUAUAGUUAUCUAAGAUAAGAUUAUAGAUAGAUAAGAAGAUAAGAAUUAUAGAUAAGAAGACAAUAAAAUAAACUUUCUACUUUUUCGACAAAAA